ACUGCAGACAUAGUACAGGAGAUGGUCAGAGACUGCCGGCAUACUACAGGAGAUGGUCAGAGACUGCAGACAUAUUACAGGAGACGGUCAGAGACUGCAGACAUACUACAGGAGAUGGUCAGAGACUACGGACAUACUACAGGAGACGGUCAGAGACUGUGGACAGGAUACAGGAGACUGCGGACAGGAUACAGGAGUCUGCGGACAGGAUACAGGAGACUGUGGACAGGAUACGGGAGACUGUGUACAGGAUACGGGAGACUGCGGACAGGAUACAGGAGACUAUGGGCAGGAUACAGGAGACUGCGGACA